UUGAUUUCGAUUACAUUUAUUUUUGAAUUUAUUGUGGGUGAAUUAUUUAACUAUAUAAAUUAUAGGAAAUAGGAGAAUUAAUAAUAACUAUUGCGACUUAGUUUCACGAUCACUGUUUGUCGUUAACAUUUUUAAUGACAUCAAACUAAUUGCAUCUUUACGGAAUAAUGGAAUCAAAACUGUGUAUCUUUGGCAUUGUGCUAUUUUGUAUAACGUUUAAUACAAAUAUUGUGAGCGCACAAGAUGUGUGUGUCAAAAAAGGUCCUUGUUCUUGCGAAUUCUCAAAUGGUACAGGCAUUAAUUUAUCACCGUUAGCUAAUGCAGCAUUCUACUCAACUAAUACAUUUGACUUAAAGUCGGAGGGAACACAGUAUGAACUUAGUACCUACUAUUAUCAUCCUUGUAUAGACGCAAAGCCAGUUGUAAAUAGUACUAAAACGACUGAUAGUUGUGGAAUCCCUUUAGCAAUCUGUCGUCAAGUGGACACAUUUAAUUUCAACAAAAUUAUAAGUGGAUAUGUUACUGAUGGUGGAAUUUAUGAAUACAUGGGAAGCUCAAACUUUUCUCAAUUCAGUUCAGAUGGAAAAUCUAUUAUCUAUAUGAAUCCUCCUUCGUCCACAAUAGUUAUGUUAGUAUGUGCUCAAACUGAUGGAGAGUUAAAUGUUAUUUCACUGAGUGAUCCACAAAAAAUUGUAUUAUCAUUCUACUCAAGAUAUGCAUGUUUGACUCAGAUAGAAGAGUUAUCCAGAUCACUCGGUUCAACUCUAUUGAUAAUAUUCUUCUCGUGUGUUAUAUUCUACAUAGUCCUGGGUGUGUGCGUCAAUAAAUUAUUGAGAGGAGCGACAGGACUUGAAGUUGUUCCCAAUUUAGCAUUUUGGACAGAUUUGCCAAAUCUAGUUAAGGAUGGUUGGGUGUUCACACUGAACGGGUUCAAGCUGCCGGCACGUGGAGCUGGCCCUGUUACGUCACCGGACCCCAACAGCUACGACAGCAUAUAACACCAGACUGACGACCCAAUUUCUGAAGGUCACCUCGUUCUAAUUAUGUAGAACCUGUAGCUUCUAAGUCAGUUCUUCUAGACUGUAUGAAAAUGUAAAAGUAAAUGUUUCCCUAAAGAUAAUAACGUGUCUUUCUUACUUGUUUAAAACAAAGCUCGAUUCGAAUUAAUAAUAAACUACACUUUUAUCUCCAACCCUUUUAAUAUCUAUAUUUUAUCAAAAACUAUAUCUACAAAAAAACUUAAGAUAUCUUUUAGUUGAAAAAAUUAAUAACUGUUUGUCUAGAAAAAUUGACUAUUGCCUAAAUUUAUAUAUAAGCAAUUUUUUCAAUAUUAAACUUCUAUAUCUCUGUCUAUAUAUAAGCUCUAUUUUUUUUAUUUCGAGCUAACUUUGGAACAAAUACCUGUUGCAGGCUUUACGGUGGCAAGUCGGAUAUUUUCAUAUUUUGCGGAUUUAAUAUAUCAAUUGAUAUUUUGUAAUGACUCUAUUUUAUUUUACUUUUUUAUAACACAAUGAGACAUAAGUUUAAAGACAUUAGAAUAAACAUUAAAUUAGUUACAUAUAAAUAUAAUAAACAUCUUGUAAGCACGCUAAUAUUUUCUAAUUUUACCUUAUCGUUUUGAAAGUUUGAACAGAUUGGAAAAAUUGCCUCUUUUUUUCUUUUUGUUGAUAUAUAUCCGAAUUUAUUAUCGGCUGUUAGCACACCCUGCUUGCUAACGUGAUGCAUUAGCCACUAUGAAGUUUAUUUCACUGUAUAACUACUUUGUAGUGACUCCUUCAUACAAAAAUCUUGAAACGGAAAAAUCACAGAGCAUAUGAUUUUUGUAGACCAUAGACAAAGAAUUUACUAGCGGGAUGAUGACUGACCAAUUUUGAAUUGUCAGUGUGUGCGUUAGCUCCUCCUACUCGCGACGUUUUCCUCAUUACUGGGGGUCGUGACUCCCCCGCUGCAUCAGUUUCUCCCGUACGAUUCCCCUCCAUCUGCUGCGAUCCUUGGCCUUAUGAAGGGCAUCAUGGAAGUUGAUGUUUAGAGCAGAUCGUAUUUGGUCCGACCAUCUCGUGGGACUGCGUCCUCUGGAACGCCUGCCAUCUACCUUGCCUGUCACCAUCAGCUGUUCCAGAUUAUGACCCUCUUUACGAGCAAUAUGUCCAAAGAAUUUCAGCAUCCUACGAUUGCAUAUUGUGGAAAGUCUAGUUUUGACGUUAAGUGCUCUUAGAAUAGACACGUUGGUGCGAAAGGCGGUACCACAUUUCAAAGUCGUCUAUUCGGUCUCUGUCGGCCUUUUUCAGUGUCCAGGUCACCGCUCCAUACCUAAAUAUGGAGAAAACCAGCGAAGUCACCAAUUUGGUUUUAGUUUUUCGCGUGAUGUUACGGUCUCUCCAUAUCUUGUGCAUCUGGGACAUUGCAUUUUUGGCCAUCCCUAUACGUCUCCUUAUUUCUUUUUCGCAUGAUCCUGUAUUACUAAUGUUAGACCCUAAAUAGACGAAGUCACUCACGAUUUCAAGGUUUAGUGUUCCCGUAAGUUCAAGGCUGUUGGUACGAUCCACUAUCAUUACUUUGGUUUUUCUAUGAUUGAUUUUUAGACCCAACAGUAAACGGAUGUUCUCAAUCCGGGCCAGGAGGUUCACCAUCUCAGUUUCACUUGCAGCAAGGAGUGUGGUAUCAUUUGCGUAGCGGAGGUUUGUUAUUUUAGUGCCACCAAUUGUGACUCCACCCUCCCAACCUUCAUAUGCCUGCCUGAUUAUGUACUCACCAUAGGCGUUAAAGAGAAUUGGAGACAGGAUGCAUCCCUGUCUUACCCCUUUACCGAAACUGAAAUGCUCUGAUGUGCAGUUCUCGACCUUGACCAUUCCUUGAUUGUCCAGGUAUAGAGAGCGGAUAAGGGCAACGAGGUGUUGAGGUACUCCCAGUUCACUAAGUACCUUCCAUAGGUCUGACCAUACAACACAGUCAAAGGCUUUACUGUAGUCGAUAAAGCAAAAGAUGGUGGGUGUGUUGAACUCGUAGGCCUUUUCGACCAGUUGGCGAAUGCUUAGAAUUUGCUCGCGGGUUCCUUUGCCGUUUACAAAACCCGCCUGUUCCUGUGGAAUUUGCCAAUUAAGAAAGUGUCGAAUCCUGUUAUUUAUGAUAUGUAACAUCACUUUGCUGGCAUGUGAUGUCAAUGCAAGGGUUCUAUAAUUAUCGCACUUAGAAGUGGAUCCCUUUUUAUGGAGUGGUAAUAUGAUCGACUUAGUCCAUCUUCCAGUUCGCCAGAUGUUGUCGCAAAUUCUGUGUAGGACUUUUACAGCUGUAGGAACCAUGACUUUUAUUAUUUCCGAUGUAACACGAUCUAGACCGGGGGCCUUCCUGUAUUUGAGCGCGUCUAUAGCGGCCGUGAUCUCUGAUUCAAGGAUGGGUGGUUCCAGCGUUAACUCGCACCAAUUUGUUGUAUCUUGUGGUGAGCUAUAUUCAUGUGAGUUUCUAUAAAGAUUCUCACAGUAGUUACGCCAUCUCCUCGUCACAGCCUCUAAGCCUGCACUCUAUUGUCAGCAGUUUUACCUUCUUGAAGAGGUCCGAGCUUUGUGAUCUGAACGCAUAUGCUCCUCUACUUCUUUACAGAUGCGCUCAACAAAAUUGUUUUUUUCAUGCCGACAUUGUCUUUGGAUAAUUCUAGAAAGCUUCGAGUACUUUACUCUGUCUGCUGGAUCUGAUAACCCACGGCUUUAAAGCUCCUUCCUAUCUUGUAUGAGUUUCCAGGUCUUACCUGAUAUCCAGGUACGAGGGGAGGCUGAUAAGUAAUCUACCUAACUAUGAAAGAAAAGACUUUGAUGGCUAGUUUUUUUUUUAUUUUUCUAUAUAGUCUCCUGCAAGUGAAAUACACUUAUGACAUUUGCAAAUAAGUGACAUCAUGCCGUUAUAAUAGUAAUUUUUAUUUUGCUCGACAAAAUGGUCAGUCACAGCCUCCUCAUUUCUUCGUCCGUCGAAAAUCUGCGACCCCUCAAUUUUUUCUUUAAAUCUUUGAAUAAGAAAUAGUCACAGGGAGCCAGAUCUGGACUAUAAGGUGGAUGGUUAAUUUCUGUGAAGCCGUUUUUGCUCAGGGCUGACCUCGCCGUUAAGGCUGUGUGUACAGGAGCAUUGUCUUGUAAAAUCAGAACACCUUUGCUGAGUUUGCCUCUCCGCUUUUCUUUGAUUUGUUCACGAAGCUGGUCAAGCAAGUUUGCAUAAUAUUCAGCAUUCAUUGUUGUAUUUUUAGGCAAAUAAUCUAUCAUCAAAAUCCCUUCGACAUCCCAAAAUACGGUGGCCAUUAGUUUUCCAGCCGACGCCCGAACCUUGAACUUCCUUGGCGGCUUUUCUCCUUUAAAUUCCCUUUGCAUUGAUUCUUGUUUGCUUUCCGGAUCCCACUGGCGAAUCCAAGUUUCAUCACAGGUCACAAUUCGAGAGAUAGUCUCUUCUUCUUUACCUUUGACCAGGUCUAGAAAUGCCUGACAACAUUCUACUCGCCUUUGUUUGUCAAAGGGGAUCAACAUUCUAGGGACCCAACGCGCGCUCACCUUGGACAUGCCCAAAUGUUCGUGAAUAAUUUCAUGAACUCGUUCCUUGCUAAUGCCCACAUCUCUGGCUAUCUCCCACUGCUUGAUUCGCCGAUCUGCAAGAAUCAGGUUCUUCACCUUUUCAACAUUAUCUGCGGUAACAGCAGAAAUUGGCCUUCCACUACGUGGGUCGUCUUCCAGGCUCUCACGGCCAUGUUUAAAUUGCUUCGACCAAAACUUUAUGACGAAUUCAGAAGGACUUGAAUCACCAAACACCUUUAACAUGCGCUCUCUGAUCUGCGUAGGCGUAUUUCCUUCUUUACUUAGGAAUUUAAUCACUGCUCGAUGCUCAAAUUUCAUCAUUUUACAAUUUUCUUUCGACAUGGUGAAAUCAAAGCCGCGCAAAAAAAACAAAAGCAAGCGAAAAAAAAUAAGCGUCAUACAUAAUUUUGAAAAAGGAAUAAAUAUAGAAUAUGAUUUUGCAGUGGCCAGUUCGAUUUUCAAAACUUUCUUUAACAAAGUAGAUUUUAUAUCAGCCACCCCUCGUAUGUUUAGGGCAGGGUGUAAGAGGGUGCUUGUUGCUAACCUUUUCGAAUGUCUCAUUCACAUGCCACUUUUUUUUUAAACAAGCUACAUACUAGAAUCCAAACUUAAGUAACUAGGGUAAAUGCAGAAGAUAUCAUUUAUGACUUACUGGCUAACUAAUCCAUAUGGCAGAUCUUUAAUCACCUAUCCUUAUCCGUAGAGUAUUAUAAUACAGAUUGUUUACACAGUGUUGUUAGACCGUAAGAAUUGUGAAUACGAUCUCGUACUCUUAUGAUUUGUAUCGUCUGAUCGAUCUAGAGUAGAAGCUAUUAUGUCGCAGCUUGGUGCAGAGGCAUUGUCGUUGUUGAGAGCUGGAUAAAGAGACUUGGGCUUAUGAGUCACAACAACUGUCUCUACAUCGUCAUCAGGGUCUUGUUCUUUAGGCUUUUGGGCACGAGAUACUCUUACAGGUGACAACAAGUACGUUGUAGCUGCAUCCCAAAUGGAGGCUAUUAUGUGCCAGCUACAACCAUAAACCUCGUAUAACCCCCUCGAGUGUACUACGGUGUCAAAUAGCCAUUUAUUGACUUUAAGUAGAAACAUUAUCCCAAAUAUCCCAGAAAAUAAACUACCAAACGAGACAAAUUGGUUCCAUGUAUAAUGCAUGAAUUCCUUGAAUGAAACCUCUACAGCCUCUUUAUUCAACAACUUACUGAAGAUGGAUGUAUUAGAAAUGUAUGAGUCCUGGUUGAUCAUCGAAGAGACAGUUUGGGUAAUAGCACGUCUCUCUGAAGGGUACAUUAGUUGUGCUCGUAAGGUAUCAAGAUCUUUAGAUGAGUAGAUUCCCUUCGUUGCCAGUGCUCCUGCAUCUGUGUAUAUCCGAGUAGUUUCGGAUACAGGAGACAGUAGUGAUGGUUCAGACGACUUUGAGAGUCUGCUUUGUGAUGAAAACCAAAUGCCAGAGAGUUUAUAUGCUGGUUUCAUCAACACCGAGCAUGAUAUUGGAGUUCCUGUUUUCUGAAUUAUAUGAGACCUAGGUGACAUGAACAUCGAUGACCCAGUAUAGUUGAUUGGAAGUUCUUUAAAACAUCCUUGAGUCUCUCGAGCUGACACAUACACUGGUCUACAUUUGAUUAGAUGGACUUGCUCACCCAUCACUACUGCAGAAUAUCCUGGCUCUUGUUUAUAGGUAUACGCGAACUUGACUGGGUCUAUUGUUGCAAUAGAGAGCUGUGUAUGCAACAAUGAUCUCCGUGUUUCACAUUGCUCCUUAACUAAGGUCUUGCUCAUCUCUCAGCGCAUAUGAUUUUCUAUGUGUGUGAAUUUCGCGUUUACGUAUAAGAAGAUGUCCAUAUUCUUGGCAGAUAUCGGGUCCUGACGGAAGUAAUAAAGACCGUUAUGGACCUCUUGUACUGAGAGUUUAGAAUGAUCAGUGACAGACAUAGUGAUGCCACAAAUAGUCUUUGUCCCUUUGUCUAGUAGAGUGGCUAGAAACUUUCCGUCCUUGACCGAGUACAUAGUGUAGGCAUCACGGUGUCUAUCUGUAGAUUUAAUCGUCACCUUAGCAGCCCUCCCUCUGUAGAGUACUAUAUAUGAGUCUUUGGAGCAUUGUUCUUCAGACAACACAUCCCAGGUGAUAAGACCAUCAUAAGCAUCCAUACAAUAUCCUGUACUUACAAGUAAGACCAGUUGAAGAUACAGCCUUAUCAUCUGCGAUACGGUAAGUACCUACGAAGUCACUUAGCCUAAUCGUGACUUUUGCAACUCUCACUACACCAGACCAAUGGUAUGCGCCUAGGUUCAGGUCGCCUCCUGUACAUCUAUCAUCUCCAUCUGCCGAUCCAGCUAAGUUGAUGGUUGUUGUGAGAGUCGAGUUUCUCUUUAGACCCUGAACCUUUGUCCCAAAUAUGUUAGCGAUUUGCUCUGUAUGCAUCCUUUACAUUCGCCAGGUGACAGUUCCUGGAGAAUGGUUCCCCAUCUCAUUCUUGACUUCUGAAGAAUGAGAGUGCAUACCACAAUAAGUGACAUGGUAGUCGAGGUCAACAAUAAAUGUGUGCGUUAGCUAGUAGUUUAUUAUUUCAAUUACCAACAAAUUAAUUCCAAGCGUUGCUGACUGUUUACGAUUUUUCUAUCAAAAUCGGUUACAGUAACAAGAAAGCUUUCCUUUGCUAUCUUGAUAUAUCUCCGUUCGAGAUGUUUUUUUCUCUCGCAUGCUUUUGUCUCAUGUUCUGUCUACGUUAUUCUAUGGUGUAGACCUAGAUAUGUUUUAACCUGGGCAUCUUCGUGUCACUAUUUUUAAUGUAUCUUUAGCAUUAUACUAUGGUCAAAGUGCCAAUAAUAUUGAUAUUAUAUAUAUUAUGUAUUAUUAAUAAAUCUUUAUGUGUAUAGUAGGCCUCUUAGACUACUUAUAUAUUAUGUGAACUGAUAAAUUACUACAUCAUACUCUAAACGGUACAUAAACUAUUUUUAUAAGCUAAGUAAAUAAACUUAAAAAUACAUCUACAAUAUUUCAUAUCACAAUUUUAACUACCUUUAUUAUUCCGUGAAAUCGCAAACAUUUUUCUAUAAUUUGGUAAUUUUGUUAUAUUAAAUAAAUUACUAUUUAUCAAAAUAAAGUAUAAAUACAAUUCUAUGUAAUUAAGUAAUGGAGACAAUUUUUUGUAAUUGUGUUUUAAUUAUUUUUGUUGAUAGACAUUUGAAUGUCAUCGAAAUUAAGUUAAUCAGAUUACUUAAUUAACUUAUUUUCCCAUAAUUUAAUAAGUAUUCUUCAAGUACAGCUAGUCUUGACGGGCAUAACAUAAUUUAUAAAAUACUUAUAAGAUCUUAAUGAUAAUGAUUAGGUGAUGGUAAAAGCUCCAAUGGUAAAGUAAUUCUUUGCAGAUAAACUGUCUGAUGUGUAAUUAUUAAUUGUAACAGAUGUGAACUUAUAAACCAGCGAUAUUUCGGCUCUGUUGCAUGUGCCGUGGAAGCAGGUUGACUGUUAAAUACAUUUUAUCUACAACCCAUGCUUUAAAUCCUUUAUUAAGGAUUCUGAAACAGUUAGCUUAUUGCCAACAAUAAAACACCCAAUGUCCUAAUAACCAUAAGGUACAUCAUCCAAACCAGUGUUGUAAUGAAAUUCAGUACAACAUUACAACACUCGUUUGGAUGAUCACUACCACUUCCGGCUACUUAUUCGAUGUUUUUACCACCUUUGCACAGGAUGGCGGUACCACAACGGUGCCUAUUUCUGCCGUGAAGCAGUAAUGUGUAAGCAUUACUGUGUUUCAGGCAAAUUACUCGGCAAAUGAGACUUAACAUCUUAUGUCUCAAGGUGACGAGCGCAAUCGUAGUGCCGCUCAGAAUUUUUCAAGAAUCCUGAGCGGCACUGCAUUGUAAUGGGUAGGGCGUAUUAAUUACCAUCAGUUGAACGUCCUGCUCGUCUCGUUCCUUAUUUUCAUUAAAAAAAGAUGUCGGUGACGUUCUCCGUCAGAUAUAUCACAAAAAUAUAUUUUUCGCUGGAAAUUGUUUUUCGCAUUUGGUAUUUUGGCGCCCCUUGGUAUCUGGCGGUUAAAACAAACGCACCGCCUGCUUUAACCUUAGGGCUAUAUUUCACCGGUAGAUCAUGGUGACGCAAACAGUCGCACUACCAUGGUGUCCGUAAACUACCAAACUAGACACCAGAGUCAUAACGAACUGGUCGCGCCACCCAAUAAAAGGUCAGUAACUCUAUAAUAUGCAGCCCUCGAUUUAUAAGAAACCAACAACUACAUAUUUAGUUUUUUAAAAUUUCUUAAACUUUUGACGGAAAUCGACCCAAAUUAUUUUUCAAACAAAAAUACACCCUGUAUUAUUGAACCAAUGGACUCUGUUGAAAUGAAAUGAAAUGAUGUAUUUGUAUGAAUCGUUGUAACAUAGUUGUUAACAAUUAAUUGGUGUACAGCACAAUUCGCCAAUAUAUCGGCAUACAAAUAUUUGAUUGUCAAUAUUGGAAUUUUUAUAUUUAUACGUCACUAAUAAACAUUACAUAGUUCCAAUUAUAAUAUAAUAUUAAAUAAACAUUAGUUUGUAGGUACCUCUCAAAAAAUUACAUUUAAUACUAUUAUUUUUGGUUAAAGAAUUAUUUUAAACUAUAAAAGCAUUUAUCUAUUAGCCAUAAUUUAAUUUUUUUAUGCAUUAAUGUUUUAGGCGCCUCUCUAAUAUUCUUUGGAAGGUGGUUAAAGACCCUAAUACACAAUGCUGUUUUAGUAAUACAUAUAUUUGCAAAGAUUGAUCCUUAUCACCAUUCAUUCAUAAAUAUGCAGUUGUUUGUUUCUUAUAAUUCGAGGGCAUGACUCCUUUCACGACUUUUCUCUAAGUUUCGUAGUUUCCGGCUUCCAGUAGCCAGCACCGCCCUUCUCAAAAAACCAACCUGUAUGUAUUUUAUUGGUAGCGGUACACGGCCGAGGCGCCACCGUCCUGCUGAAAUAUAGCCAUUAGGGUUGCCGCUGUAUACGUGGCAUUUUAUUAUUAUUAUCCGAUUUUAUAUUCAUAAUAUUAAAUGGUAUCGUAGAAAUAAUGAAUAAUGUAACUUAGACUGUUUUGUUCACCUCAUUGUAUGUAAUCAUUAGUUUAUAUUUAGCACGUGUUAAAAUAGCGUAAGUCAUAUUAUUGUUUUCAUUGAAUUGUUUUGUUUUUAAAAUGUUUAUCUUUAGUUCCAAAUCCUUCCCGUCCGAUAUUAGUUAGUUUGUGAUAUAUUCUGUUGCUCAAAACCUGGUUUUGUAUUCCAUUUGGAGUAUUGUUUUAGAUUUUUGUGUUCUUGCCAUUUUAUUAAAAAUUGAAUUGUAUUUGUAUAAACAAAAUGUUUAAAAUUAUAACAAAAUUUUUCCAAUAGGUCUUUUCGUAAAAGUUACAAUUACAUCUAUUAUUUAUACAAAUUAAUUUAGUUUUCAAGUUUAAUUUGUGUAAUUAAUCCCAGAAGUGAGGGUUAUCACUUUAAAGAAAUAACAAAUUAUUUAUAUCACAUUAACAACAACAGUGGGUUAAGUAAACAAAUAAUAAAAUCGUAACCUUCACGCCAAGACUAAAUAUGAAAAUUCAGUUAUCACACGCGUUUUAAUCAGUUAAAAGUAUUAAAUGCUAAAACACAUCGUGUGUGUUUAUACAUACAAUACAACAGUGCUGUUAAAUACUCCAUGCGUGUUUAAAAUCAUCUAAACGUUUUUAUAUAGUGUUAUUGAUCGCACAGGUAUAUUAGACCUUUCUAGGGCUAGUAGCGUUGAACGUAAUGUGUAAUACUCGCCCUGAUCAAAGAAAUUACUGUAAUUUAUUUUUGAUGUAUUAAACAUAUCGUACAGACAUAUGUUAUUACUGAUUAAUGAUUUGUAUUUCGAUAAAAUGUACUGAAUAAUAUCUAUUUUCGUAUUUUUUGUAAUCUCAUUUAAAAUAAAAGUGGAUUUUAUCAUACUUUUGACUUUUAUGUGCAAAUUGUAAAAUCUUAUAACUUAUAAAUAAAGUGAAUGUGUUGAUAUUAA